GCGCUCCUCCGCCCAGCUCGGUCCCUGCGCCCCGCUCCGCCCGUGCCUCGCUGCCCGCGCCGAGCUUCGGGCGUCCACAGCGCGCCCGUCGCCCGUGCAGCCAGCGCCACCCAGGGCUGCGCCGCGCACCCCGCCUCCUCCCUUUCCGCCGUCGCCGCCGUCGGACACGCAGCCGCAGGCCGGGGCCCGGCCGCAGCUGGGGAGUCAGGGGCGCGCGCAGCCAGCCCUUCCCCCUCCGGCUCCCGCACCGCUCGCCGCCUCCCCUCGCCCUCCUCCUCUCCCCUCCCUGCUCCUUCGCCGCUUCCUCCUCCUCCUCCUCCUCGCCCGGCCCCAGCUGCCAGCACCAUGUCCGCAGGGGGAGAUUUUGGGAACCCGCUGCGAAAAUUCAAGUUGGUUUUCCUAGGGGAGCAGAGCGUCGGGAAGACGUCUCUCAUCACGAGGUUCAUGUACGACAGCUUCGACAACACCUACCAGGCAACCAUCGGGAUUGACUUCUUGUCAAAAACCAUGUACUUGGAAGACCGUACGGUUCGACUGCAGCUCUGGGACACCGCUGGGCAAGAGAGGUUCCGCAGCCUGAUUCCCAGCUACAUCCGGGACUCCACGGUGGCUGUGGUGGUGUACGACAUCACUAAUCUCAACUCCUUCCAGCAGACUUCUAAAUGGAUUGAUGACGUCAGGACAGAGAGGGGCAGUGACGUGAUCAUCAUGCUUGUGGGCAACAAGACGGAUCUGGCUGAUAAGAGGCAGAUAACCAUCGAGGAAGGGGAACAGCGGGCCAAAGAACUGAGCGUCAUGUUCAUCGAGACCAGCGCGAAGACCGGCUACAACGUGAAGCAGCUCUUUCGACGUGUGGCAUCAGCUCUGCCCGGCAUGGAGAACGUCCAGGAGAAGAGCAAAGAAGGGAUGAUUGACAUCAAGCUGGACAAACCUCAGGAGCCCCCGGCCAGCGAGGGCGGCUGCUCCUGCUAAUGCACAGCCCACUCGGCUUCCUCAACACCACUCACUUGUUUUGCCUCCUAUCGGUUAGCUUCCUAACGGGGUGGGAACUGAGUUUAUCAAGACGGGAGGAUCUUUCUUUUCUCUCUCUCUCUAGGAGUAGGGUGGGACAUGGGGAGGGAGGCUGGGCGUCAGGGACCACGUCACUCUUAAACAGCUGUUACCUAAACGACUAUUUUUUGGUUUGGUUGUAAUAUAUUGUACUUUAUUAAGAUUGCCAAAAACUGUUAAAAUUUAAAAAAAAAAAAUUUAAAUCAUGUGUAUACAACUUUUUGCCAGAUAAGAAAAGUAGUCAUUUUUAUUUGAAA